GUUUAUUAUUUGUGAGCCCUCUCUCUCUUUAUCUCCUCCCCAGUCAGCUGUUCACCUCCCGUCCAGAGGCUCGGUACCCCGACACGGUAGCCGUGACCUACGACCCCACGAGCCGCUGGCUGUCGUGCGUCUACAACGACCACAGCGUUUACGUUUGGGACGUCCGAGACCUGAAGGACCCUCGCAGGGCGGGGAAACUCUACUCCGCCCUGUACCACUCCUCCUGUGUGUGGAGCCUGGAGGUGUACCCAGAUGGAGUAGGAAAGGGAGGAGAUGGAGGGGAGGUGCGUCUCCCCCCCGGGUCGUUCCUCUCCUGCUCCUCAGAUAACACCAUCCGACUCUGGAACACCGACGGACACAAACUGCUCACCAGGAACAUCCUGAGCCACGACCUGCAGAAGGUCAUCUACGUGGACGAUAACGUCUCCGGCCUUUUGGACCCGGAGAGCGACACGGUGAACGGGAGCAGCUCGGAGAAGACGGGGUCCUCGAGCUCCGAGGGGCCGCAGGCCGACCAGAGCAGGGCGGGCAUUAGGACCCUGAGGGUCAGUCCUGACGGGCAGCACCUGGCCUCCGGAGACCGCAUGGGGGUCCUCAGGAUCCAUGAUCUGGACGGGAUGGAGGAGAUUUUGAACGUUCAGGCUCACGACUCAGAGAUUCUCUGCCUCGAGUUCUCCAAACCAGAUACUGGUCUCCAGUUGUUAGCCACGGCCAGUCGGGACCGUCUGAUCCACAUCCUGGACGCGGGCCGGGAGUACAGCUUGGUGCAGACGCUGGACGAACACUCGUCCUCCAUCACGGCCGUACGAUUCGCCGCCAAUGAGGGCAAAGUGAGGAUGAUCAGCUGUGGAGCCGAUAAGAGCGUCUACUUCCGCACCGCUCAGCAGCUGGAGGAGGGUCUGCAGUUCACUCGCACUCAUCACGUGGUGAGGAAGACGACGCUGUACGACAUGGACGUGGAGCCCACCAGGAAGUACGCAGCGGUGGGCUGUCAGGACCGCAGCAUCAGGAUCUUCAACAUCGGUAACGGUAAACAGAAGAAGAUGUAUAAAGGCUCUCAGGGCGAGGACGGGACUCUCAUUAAGGUGCAGAUCGACCCCUCCGGUCUCUACAUCGCCACUUCCUGUUCGGAUAAGAACAUCAGCAUAUUUGAUUUCUACUCCGGAGAGUGUGUGGCCACCAUGUUCGGACACUCCGAGGUUGUGACAGGUCUGAAGUUCACCAGUGACUGCAGACACCUGAUCACAGUGUCUGGAGACAGCUGUAUCUUCGUGUGGCGUCUCUGUCCAGAGUUGACCAUCAGGAUGAGGCAGCGACUCGCCGACCUCCGACCUCCCAGCAGUGUUCAGAUCUCCCAGAAUGCACCUCAGCAGAAAGUGGCGAACCUCGGCAGGGAGGCGCCGUCUCCUCGAGUCGUCACCAUGUCGUCUGACAGCGAUAAGGAGGAGGAAGAGGAGGAUGAGGAAGAGCGUGGCGUUCCUUAUAAAGUCACAGCAGGGUGCCUGGAGGAAGAGGAGGAGACAGAAAUGUCCGAUGAGCAGUUUGAGUCCCAGCGCGGCAGAGACAGCAAGGAGGAUUGUGGGAGUCGCCUCCCUCGCCGGCGCUGGUCCCGCAGGACGAUGGGAGACGGGGUCCUGAUGGUGAAGUCCAUGCUGGACCUGAGGCUGCUGGACUCGUUCUGCCCCGAGAAACAGGAGCAGGAGGAGGGGAAGACGCGCCCUCUGGAUGUUAGCCCCUCCCCCUGCACUAAGAGGUUGAGCCCAGGUGUGGAGGCGGGGCUUCACAGGACCAAUCAGGAGCUGGGGAGCACCGUCAGUCUGCAGGUCCCGUCUGCAUGGGCUGAGGGCAGCCAGGCAAGGACCAAUCAGAGGCCAGACUUUAUCCAGCUGUCCAAUCAGAGCCCAGACAUGGAGGCUGUGGUUCUGUAUCCCGACCAAUGGGAGGACAGAGUGAGCCUGGCAGGAAGGUAGGAAUGUUUCCUGAUUUCAUC